AUAAGCAUCGCGAUUUUUAGUGAUCCGUUUCACGAAUUCUGACCCAUAUGGAACCUUUUAAACUGUCAUGUGCUCGACGGGAUACCCGGGUACCUUUUCAGGUUUCAUAAGACGAAAUUUCAUAGUUCACAUCAACCAAUAGUGAUAAAAAUCAGAGUCAUCUCAUCGGACAUCAACCCAAUUCCGCAAAUACCCAUAUUAUGUGGUAUUCGGCCAUUUAAAGUUGUUUUCUAGAAGGCGUCUAGAGUCGUUUACCGGUCCCACGACGUCAUCACGGUUCCAAAAAUACUCAAUUUGAAUGGUAUUUGACCUUGUUUUAUUCAAUUGUUUUAUGGCCACUAGAAGCCCCAGUGGAAACUGUUCCGGAAGGAUCAUUUCGACGGUAUAUCUCAAAAUACCCAAAACCUUAAAAUAACCUGUGAAAGUAAUUUUAUAAACUUUGAACCACUUGUCAAAAAACUCGCAAAAUUCCUCAGUUUCGGAACAUAUCACCAAAAAGCCGAAUUUCCGGGAAAGCAGAUAAGUUACUGAAUCUCUCGGUGCUAAAACAUUCGAAAUCUGAUGAAAAUUGUGAAGGUUAUUACUUACUUGACUAUGUUGGCUGACCGUUCACCGGUCUAGGGCCGAGCGAAUUAGAGAUUUCCAGUUUAACCCUCUAGUGCCCAAUGCCGCCAUUUGGCUUCUGUCUUGGGCAGCCGUUCUCCAGUCUCCUCCUACACCAGCAGAUCGUGCAUCUUAUUCCACCGCGUGCGAGGCCUACCAUGGAGUCGACGGCCUCUUCCUGGUUCCCUACUGAAGAUAGUUUUGGCGGCUCUCUCGUCAGGCAUUCUGGCUACAUGUCCAGCCCACUGAAGCCUGCCCCGCUGUAUUACCUUCACUAUAUCAGCAUGUUUGUAUACCUGGUUCAACUCGUGAUUCAUGCGUCUGCGCCACACUCCAUCUUUCCAAUUUAUUGACCGCAGAACUUUACGCUCAAAAACUCCGAGCACUCGUCGAUCAGCUUCCUUCAGCGUCCAUGCUUCAUGUCCGUGAAGGGACACCGGGAGUAUCAGCGUCCUAUACAGCGCAAGUUUUAUGCGAGUUGGCAAACUACUGGACGUUAGCUGGUUACGUGGUCCGUAGAAGCCCUGUUUGCAGCUGCAACUCUUCGUUUCACUUCAUGGCUCAUAUCGUUGUCACAUGUCACAAGCGUACCAAGAUGAACGAAUUCAUCAAUCACUUCAAAUCGUUCCCCAUCUAUCUCCACCUCAGCACCAACACCACAGGAACUUCCACGCUCCCUACCAGCUACCAUGCCAUUUAUUUUGGUAGAGUUAAUGACGAGUCCCAAUCUCGCAGCUUCCCUCUUAAAAGGCACAAGGGCAUCCUCCACGGCCCUACGGUCGAUACCGUUGAUAUCAAUGUCAUCCGCAAAACCAAGAAGCAUGUGAGAUUUCGUGAUUAUCGUACCAUUUCUCUGCACGUUUGCUUUUCGUACUGCACCUUCAAGAGCGAUGUUGAACAGUAAGUUAGAGAGCGCAUCCCCCUGCUUUAGUCCGUCUAACGUUACGAACGCGGCUGAUGUCUCGCCAGCUAUCCGCACGUACGAUUUUGAUCCCUCCAGCGUCAUACGACUCAGCUUAAUUAGUUUCGUCGGGAAACCGUGUUCCAGCAUUAUCUGCCACAGCUCGUUUCUUUUCACUGAAUCGUAUGCCGCUUUAAAAUCUAUAAACAGAUGGUGCGUCUGCAGGUUAUACUUGCGGAACUUAUUGAGAAACUGUCGCAGGGUGGAAAUAUGAUCCGUCGUGGAACGCCCCUGCUGAAAACCAGUCUGGUAUUCGCCGACGAAGGAUUUCGUUAACGGUCGACAGUUUCGACCAGUCGUUCGGCUUUGUUCAUCCGCCCAAAUCCUCAGUAUUAUCUGGUGGGUCGCAUAGUACAGCCGCUCGCUUCCCGCUUUUAGAAGUUCGGCCGAGAUAUUGUCCUUCCCAGCAACCUUGCCGUUUUUCAGCUCACUACUCACUCUUCUCGGCUCCUCCUGUAUUGGUGGCUCCACAGCUUGUUCGUCACUCAUAAUCGUUAUCCUGUUCCUGCUCUGCUCAUCCGGCUCCUCGCCGUUCAAUAGCGCCAGAAAGUGCUUCUUCCACCUGGCUGCUACCGUCGGUUUAUCAGUAAGCAGGUUGCCGUCCUUGUCAUUACACGUGACCGGCACAGGGAAAUUCCUCCUUCUGACUCUGUUAACUGUUCUAUCGAAGCUCCGUACGUCAUUUCUAGCAUAGCUGUCUUUUGCGCUGGCGAGCAUUAGCUCCUAGUUGUAACUUCUCUUUUGCUACUCCCGCUACUCAGUCGCAAGAAACUCUACGAGCCCUCAGGGUCUGCUCGUCCAUAAGGAGAGGUCAGUUUUACGAAAGAAGAAUAAAAUCACUUGUUUGAAUUUUGGUGUAUUUGGCACGAUAAAUUUCCUAACAGUUCCCUAAUGUCCCUACUCUAUGUGUCUUUAUGAAUUGACUUACGUGUUACGUGUGUGUGUAUGGUCGUGCCUGGGCCCGCCGUCUGUCGCUGUCACGCUGCUGCCUGCCGCCUUGAAGUUGCCGUCCUUGCCGAGCCGUGGAUGUCGCCGCUGCUAACUCGGAUACAUCUGCUUCCGUACUUCCUGGUAAUAUACCAGCUCCACUCGGGUACUGCCGGGUUCGUCCUGACGAUGACAAUAGCCGCUCCACCGGUUGAUACGACACCUGCUCUCGAACCUCCCGAGAUCUGUCCCGAUUCGCCUGUGUGCUGCCGGGUGCGGUCCGAUAGUGAAACUAGCCGCUCUGUCGGUUGGUUAGCUCCGCUGCCUGGCUCCUGAUCACUCCAAUUCGAGGUUAACGGACCCACUAGGCCGGAAGGUAGGAACUUCAGAUCGUUAACCGCUCGCUACAUAGCUCGUUCCUUACUGCCUCGAGAAUAUUGUUGACCGCGAUGAACCGCUACUAAAUUAUCUCGCGAAUACGAGCCAGCAAAAGUCGAAUUAGUGUUUACGCGAAAGGUGCUGAAGUGCGACAAAGCUCAAUAGCUUACGGUAGUGAAGUACUAGAGAAAAGUCCGAACGCCAAUCGCAGACGACAUGAACAAGCAUUAUUUCCACCCGCACCGUAUUCAGGACGGAAGAAAACUGCUUCCAGUGAAUUGAUUACCAUCAAAAGAGAAAAAGAAAAAAAAUCACAACUCUAGUGGUCAGUCGACGAAGAAACGGCGUGCAACGGGGUGGGCAAUAUCGAAGCGUAACUAAAUCCUCCCGGUUAAUUAUUCAAACCAUUAUGCGAUGAUUAUUCGCGCUAGCGCGCCGUUUUGGAUCUCGACCGUCAUCAGCCGCACCGUCACAUCCAGCAGCGAAGACGAGUUCAAUUGCGGUGCUCCCGGAACCGUUCCUGCCGACAGUGAGCAGCGACAUUCGGCAAAGACGACGGCAGCAUCAGGAGGCAGAUCAGAAUGGCCACCGUUACCCGGAGUUCGUCGGUUAUUUUCGGAGUCAUCCUGCUGCUAUUGAGCUUCCUGAAAGACGUUAUUGCUGCAAAAAACUACACAUUGAAACCAAGAGUGGUUCUCCCGGAUGACUAUGUGAAAGAAGUGAGGCCGCCUUCGAAAAAGGGCACACCGGUGGUAGUGGAGUUUAGCAUAUUCGUCGUGGACAUUAACUCGAUCAAUGUGGAGGACAUGGAUUUCAGAGUAGAUAUGUUUGUGCACCAGAAAUGGGUUGAGUCGAGGCUGGAUCUGCAUGACGACAUCUUCGAGGAUGGUGAUGACCACGUGAUACUUCCGCCCGAGUUCUUCGACAACCUCUGGCAACCGGAUCCGUACUUUCUGAACUCAAAAAUUUCAGGUCAAUCAUUUAUAAAUGAAGGUAUUAAUAGGGUUUUGUGUGGCAAAAGCAGUUGUAUGACAUCGAUGCGUCAGCAAGAAAUCGCCACACUCACGCACAAGUUCUCCUCGGUAACUUUAUACAAAAAUUCGACGGUACGGUACGCCUGCAUGAUGCACGCUAUCAUCGCUUGCCAGAUGGAAUUCCAGCUCUACCCGAUGGACAUCCAGAUUUGUCCGAUCUACAUCGAGAGCUUCUCCUACCACAAUCAGAAGAUUCGGCUCAAAUGGGCCGACAACGGUGUCACCAUCAAUCCCGAGCUCAAACUGCUGCAGUACAAUCUUGGCCAGCCACUGCAGCUGGAAGAGACUGACGGCUACAUGCCUGAGAAAUACGGAAAUUUUUCCCGAUUAGCUGUAUAUUUUCGGUUCGAGCGUCAAAUAGGACACCACCUGAUUCAGACUUUUGCACCUUCCACGCUAGUGGUCAUGUUGUCCUGGUUUAGUUUCUGGCUUGGGCUGGAUGCCAUCCCCGGACGAGUCACACUGCUGGUGACUUGCAUGCUAACACUAGUGACAAUGUUUACCGGGAUGCGAGCCGACAUUCCUCCGGUCGCUUACGUUAAGGCAUUGGACCUUUGGAUGGCUGGCUGCAUGAUGUUUGUAUUCUCCGCGCUGGCGGAAUUCGUCGUGGUCAAAGUUCUUGACGUGCAGUACCAGUACCAGGUGAACAAAGUACCGAAGGUACUUCCGAUGCGAAUCAGUGCCAUGGAGAAGGGUCAAUGUGCGACGGUGGCCAACUGGGAGGGUGGAACGGUUAACGUUCGACCUCGGAAGCCCACCCAGACGCCCACGACUCCCGGCCAGGUGUCGCUACAGGGUAAUGGCGGACCUCAGCCGCCAAUGUCCAAACAGCCGACUCGCCGACAGAGCAUUCUCUCGGUAGCGUGGACUGAUACGGACACAGGCAUCGAGAAAAUUAUGUGGCGUGAGAUUGACAAAAUGUCACGGGUAGUUUUCCCGGGUUUAUUCCUCGUUUUUGUCAUACUCUACUGGCCAAUACUGAUUUUUAAGACGUCCUGAUCGAUGACAGAAUUGUAGAGAAUGUUUCAGUUUGGAAAAAAAUCUCUUACCCUCUAUCACUCAAACCCACUGUAUUUUCUUCUCAGUGCAGCAGUCUUUGCAUUAGCUUUUACUCACAUUUUGCUUUUUUCCAGUAGGCCAAUUCAUUGCACGACUGCAACAUUGUUACUGACUGAUUUACUUGGUGUUGCUUCUUGAACGGAUCGGUUUCACCAACUUGCUUAAGUUUUAAUCUACAGAGACAAAUCUUUUCCGUACUACUAAUACUACACCACCUCAACCUAGUGAAUUUCGUAGUGAAACCUAGUCCUAUGAUUUAGUGGUACAGUGCGACUUUUAAACCAAUAACGCUAGAUAAACAUGUUGGCUCUUUGUAUUACUGCUGUGAAAGAUUUAGGAGGAUUUGACAAGGAACAAGUUUUGAAUGCAUGUACAUAACCUUGCCAGGUUCAUAACAGCUAAUUACGGAAUCCCAUCGGAGGUUUAUCUUAUGAACUGGUUCAAAUACUGAUUGUUUUAAAAUUUUACACAGACAACAUUAUAGAAUAACCACCAGGCAUAGAUAAUGGUUAACGGUUUGAUCAAAAAGUAGGCUAGGGGUGAAGAAGCGUUUUAUGUCGCAUCCCUAAGCGACGGCAACAACUUUUUCGUAUUUGUUUGUGUAGUGUUUCCUCAACAGGAACAGAAAUGUUUUGAUUCCCAGUGUUUCACUUGUGAGGCGCUCUUGAGAACCACGAAUAUUGAUAGUAAGGUAUGUAUUAUUUACAGUUUAAACGCUAGAAUGAUAUAUUUUAUGACACGAAAAUUUUGAUGCAGAGAUUGUUUAUAAACAAUUUUCUCUCCGCAAACUUCAAUAAGGCAAUAUGGCUGAUUCUGCUUCUUGACAUACCGUUGCACCAUGAGAAUAACAACAUUCUUCUAUGUUUACGUUUAUUUGUCAUUGCCACCAAGUUCGCGGUUACGCCAGGUGAAUCUGGAUUUUGUUAGAUUUCUGAUUAAAUACCAGGAGUGUUCUCGUUCUCGCUUACGACACAUUUGUCAACAAAUUUUGUAGUUUGCAUGAUUCAUGUACAAUAAAAACUGCAAUAAUUUCCUAAAAAUAAAGACGACAGUUUUGCGAACAAACGCGAACAUUUAAGAGGCUGCAAAACUAGCCUGUCCACUGAAUCCUUCACAGCAGUAAUCGACGAUUUCGCUUAUUUCCAGCCAGUAUUUUUUUUUUUAUUUCACUUUUUUGGUCAUAACUGUAAUACUCUCUAUCCUCUAACUAACUAAGUAAAGAUUUAUCUUCAAAGUUCUAGUAAUGCAAUCUCAUCUCACUAACAUGUUAUGCACACCGUUAUAGACACCCUAUAGCUAAACACGCCCCGCAACAAUGUAGUUAGACGCUUAUGAAAAUUUGCAUUCUUCUAUUUCCGAGAAAAUUCGAAUAGGAAUGACGCUGUGAAAGCAAUAAGUACCUUAUACCUAGUUACAUUGUAAGUGAAUGCUCUGCUGUGCGCUGAAUAAACGCUGCAAGAUGAGAGAAAGCCUUCGCCACCACAACAGCAGUGAAAAAAACGUAGUUCAGCAGCACAAUGCCCAAAGUCGUACAGUUUAUGAAAGAAAGACAAAAAUACACAAAUCUAAUGGAUCAUCGAACAAAACGCUGUGCCUUUUACGUUCACGAAAUAUUUCGAUGCACACAUAAAUACACCCACAGAAACAAACAUACACACGAACCACAAGACCGAGCUGCUAUAUACUUUCAAAGGCGUAAAAUAAACCAUUACUAGCUGAAAAACCAAAGAUGAAGGCUACAUAGCUUUAAGUAGGUUUGUCUCAUAGGACAAUUUUGAAAUCAGACAAAUUUUACUCAACACAAAAAAAAAGAAACGAUUAGGUAUUUUUAGUAGUCUCUAAGGCAGAAUGUGAUAAACCAAAUAUUAGCUAGUUCAUGAGUGGAGGAAGUUAGCAGAAGCAGAAAGGCCCAUGGCAAUGCCUCCAGCAUCGGCAAGGCGUCAAUUGCCCGCGGUACUACUCUGGCGUGAGAUAUGUUAUCUAAUUUAAUCUUUUAAUUGUUAUUUUGUUCAGUGCGUUAUUUGCAACAUGAAAUGCAAUUUCGUCUUGCCCUUGUAAGUUUUUGUACAAUAUAAUUCGUGAUUUAUGUCUUUAACUAUGUACUACCCAUUCCAUAAUCACAAUCAAGGCUGUUCUGUUCGAUUGUGACAAUAAUAUUAAAAGUGUAAAUGUGGUUUCACCGGUGCUACAAAAAAAUUAAUUACGAAUCUAUGUUUGUGAAAUUUUAAUAUUAUGUUCGAAUUGCGGUAUUUUAUGAAUGAUAAUAAAAAUGAUGUUGAAAAAAGAGAGAGACAAAGUGGAUCGCGCACGCUUGUAAAUAUAUGUAAAUCAUCAGUGAAUGUGCGCCUCUCGUAGACAUCGAAGUUGUGAAUCAAAAAUGCAAACCGCGUGCUUACUCGCAAAAUCGAUCUGACAACAGUGAAAACAUCAAAAAGAGCUAGAAAAAAACACAGCAUCACAUCAAAAGCUAACUCAGAUUCUAACACUAUACUAUAACAUAGACAGCAGGUUAAGUUUGAACAAGUUGUUGUAUAAGCUUUCUAUUUAACACUAGUUGCAGACAUAUACCGAUCGAUGCCUCAGGCAGAGAAAAGUUUCAAUUUAUUUUACUAUAAUUAACUAGACAAAGUCAGCGAGCAUAACAAGGAAAAUAUUUUUUAUAAAAAUCGUUAUCUAAGAGAA